CUCUCUCUCUCUCUCUCUCUCUCUCUCUCUCUCACCAAGAUCUAGACUAGAUAACAAACAAGCUUGACACAAAAACUAACAGAAUUAUUAUAUACCAUAAGUCUUGAAAAAUAAACCUACACAGAAAACCACUUAUCAUUUCCAAACACAACAACACAAUAACUAGUACUAGAGUUCCACCCCCAAAAACCUCUUAUCAAUUUCCUUCCAAUCCAAAAAAUAUGAUACUUACUAAAUCUCUUCUACUCCACCCUAUCUAGGAAUUUCAAGUCUUCUUCCUUUCCACCAAGAGAGAUUGACAAAAACUGUUUUGAAGGAAAAAAAAUAACAACUAUGAGAGCUGGCGGUUGCUCGUUGCAGCAAGGCCUCACGGCCGAGGCUGCUGGAGUAGUGAAACAAGCGGUGGCCUUAGCUCGUCGCCGAGGCCACGCGCAAGUGACACCACUUCAUGUGGCUCACACUAUGUUGGCUGCCUCAACUGGGUUGUUGAGGCAAGCUUGUCUACAAUCUCAAGCUCAGUGUCAUCCUCUUCAGUGCAAAGCUUUAGAGCUUUGCUUCAAUGUGGCCCUCAAUCGUCUCCCAGCUUCAAAUUCGAGUCCCAUGUUGGGAGGCCAUCACCAUCACCACCACCAUCAUCACCAUCACUCUCAAAACCCUUCUAUUUCUAACGCUUUGAUCGCCGCCUUUAAAAGGGCUCAGGCCCACCAAAGGCGCGGUUCGAUUGAGAAUCAGCAGCAACCACUCUUAGCCGUGAAGAUUGAGUUGGAACAGCUUAUUAUCUCAAUCUUGGAUGAUCCAAGUGUGAGUAGAGUCAUGAGAGAAGCCGGUUUCUCGAGUACUUUAGUGAAAAGCAAUGUUGAACAAGCUGUUUCUUUAGAGAUUUGUUCUCAAACAACUCCUCCUCCUCCUAAUACUAAUAAUUCCUCUUCUACUACUAUUACUACUACUAAUGUUAACAAGUCCUCAUCUUCUUCCAUCAACGGGUCAAAAUUACCCGGCAAACCCGAGGCGGUAUUGGAUCCGUUGACGACGAGUGGCGAAAAGGAAGACGUGGCAAGUGUGGUGGAGUGCUUGGUGAGCAACAAGAGAAGGAGUGUUGUAGUUGUUGGGGAGUGCCUUAGUAGCAUAGAAGGUGUGGUUAGAGGAGUGAUGGAAAAAGUUGAGAAGGAUGAUGUUCCUGAGGGUUUAAGAGAGGUUAAAUUCAUACCCUUUUCAUCAUCAUCAUCAUCAUCAUCAACAUCAUCUUUUGGGAAUUAUUCAAGAGUUGAAGUUGAGCAAAAGUUUGUGGAGCUUAAGAGCCUUUUGAGGAGUUGUAUGGCGAAAGGGGUGAUUUUGUACUUGGGAGAUCUCAAGUGGGCAACUGAGUAUAGGGCUAGUAAUAAUAAUAAUAAUAGCCAAUUACAACAAGGGAGGGGGUAUUAUUGUCCAGUGGAACAUAUUAUUAUGGAGCUUGGGAAAUUGGUAUGUGGGAUUGGAGAACAUAUUGGUAGAUUUUGGCUUAUGGGGAUUGCCACUUUUCAGACUUACAUGAGAUGUAAAUCAGGUCAUCCAUCCUUGGAGACUAUUUGGGGUAUUCAUCCUCUUACAGUUCCAGCAGGUAGUCUGCGCUUCAGUCUCCUCACUACUACUCAUCACAGUGAAUUGAAAAGUGACGAGUCAAGCAUAAAAAAUGGGACUGUUACGUCAAAAAGCAGCUUGAUGAGUAGAGUUGAAAGUGGAGAAAAACAACAACUGAGUUGCUGCGCCGAGUGCUCAGCCAAAUUUGAGGCCGAAGCUCGAAGCUUGCGAGCCACCACCGACCAUAACUCCAACCUUCCACCAUGGCUACAACAAUGCAAAAACGAUACCAAAGCUCUUCUUACAUCUAAUAAUAAAGAUCAGCAGAACUGUUCCAAAAUGGCAGACCUUUACCGAAAGUGGAACUCAUUUUGCUAUUCAACUCAUCACCAUCGUCAGUAUUCGAAUUCUAACAACAUUUCAGAGAAAACCCUUAUAACAUUCUCUUCUUCUUCCUCUGCUGUUGCUUAUUCUGGAUUCUCAUACGAUCGUCAACAUCAUCAUCAGCAGCAACAACAACAACAGAACCAAAACCCUAAUGUCGAAUCAUCAUGGCCAUCAGUAUCAGAAGUGUCAAAACAUCCAUGGAGGCAUCCUAAUUAUGUGGAUAAUGAUCAUCAACAUCAUCAUCAUGAUCAGCAGCCGAGUUUGAGAAUGUUUAUCCCAGAAGUAGUAGUAAGCCCAAACCAAAAGGCUUCAUUACUAUUCAGCUCUUCCAAUAAUAAUAAUAAUAUUAAUUCCAACUCUACCCCUACCUCGGCUUCUUCAAACGACGUCGUUAUGGAGACAGAAUAUUCACAAAGGUUCAAAGAACUCAACGCCGAGAACCUCAAGACACUAUGCAACGCUUUGGAGAAAAAAGUCCCCUGGCAGAAAGACAUAAUACCCGAAAUAGCCUCAACCAUCUUGAAAUGCAGAUCAGGCUUGGUAAGAAGAAAAGGUCAUAAUAGUAAAAACAAUAAUAAUGACUUAAAAGAAGAAACAUGGUUGUUCUUUCAAGGGGUUGACAUGAACGCUAAGGAGAAGAUAGCUAAAGAGUUGGCUAAGCUCGUGUUUGGUUCUCAAAACGACUUCGUUUCGAUUGCUCUCAGCAGUUUUUCAUCUUCGGUAACAAGAGCCGAUUCGAGCGAAGAUUAUUCCGGCAGCGGCGGCGGUGGUAAGAGAUCGAGAGACGAACAAAGCUGUAGUUACAUCGAGAGGUUUGGUGAAGCGGUGUCGUUUAAUCCACACAGAGUGUUUUUGGUUGAAGAUGUUGAGCAAGCAGAUUUUUGUUCUCAAUUGGGGUUUAAGAGAGCUAUUGAAAGAGGAAGAGUUUGUAACUCUAGUGGUGAAGAGGUUGAUCUUAGGGAUGCUAUUGUCAUUUUGAGCUGUGAAAGUUUUAGUUCAAGAUCAUCAAGAGCUUGUUCUCCUACCCUCAUCAAGCACAAGAUGCAUAUGGAAUCAUCAUCGUCCGAUCAUGAUCAACAAGAACAAGAUCAUGAUCAGAAUGGUUCUAAUAAUAAUGAUAAUAAUAAUGAUGAUAAUCAAGUACUUGAAGAGACUAUGAUUAGUCCUUGUGUGUCCCUUGAUUUGAACAUUUCCUUUGAUGAUAAUGAUGAUGAUGAUGAAACUCAGGUUCAGACUUCUAUUGAUGACAUUGGACUUCUUGAAUCUGUUGAUAGAAGGAUUAUUUUCAAGAUUCAAGAAUUAUGAAAAUCAUUUUAUGUUGUUCUAUAUAAAUAUGCUUCAUGAUGAUGAUGAGUUUGAUUUGAUCGAGUCUUGUUUUGUUUUUGUUAUUUUUUUCUUCUUUGUUUGUCUUUUAGAUUUUUGACACACUUUUCUAGGUAGCUAAGGCCAAGGGGGACAGAAAUUAAUUAGAUGUAGCUAAUUGCUUUUAUUUUGUUUUAUGAUGUAAAACUACAUAAUGUGUAUAUUGUAAUAUUCCAUGAGGAUCAUGA